AUGGUGGCCUCGGUCACGGAUUUCGUCCCCCGCUACCGAACAUACACUGCCAAUAGAGAUACCACCGAAAACUUCAUCAAGGACCUCAUGAUAUACGCCGAGCACGUCGAGGUCACCGCUCGACAAGAAACUCUGGCGUUGAGUUCCCAACUGCAGGCCGCCCAGUACGACUACGAUGACUCUGUCAGUGCGACAAGAGAGCUACGCACCCGAAUUAAGGAACUCGAGAGCCAGCUGAGCUUCCUCAAGACAGAUAGCAACGUUCUGAAACACCGCAAUCCCUACGCCUUGGUCCUCAUAGAUGGCAACGGCCUGAUUUUCAAAGACCAUCUGGUCAGACAGGGCCUUGAAGGCGGCAAGAAGGCCGCAUAUGCCCUGCGCCAGGCCGUCUAUGCCCAAGUCGAAGCCCCCGAUGACACCGAAAUCCUGGCCAAAAUCUACGCCGAUCUCGACAGCCUCUGCCAUGUCCUGGACAACCAAACCCUCGUCAGAGACUUUAUGCUUGGGUUCACUCAGGCCAAGUCCACGUUCGAGUUCAUUGACAUUGGAGGCAACGACAAGCUGUGCGCCGAGGCCAAGAUUACAGAGAGUGCGCGAUUCAAUCUAAAGAACUACAACUGCAAGCAAGUCUUCUUGGGUGUUUCCGACAAAAAGUACGCCUCUUUUCUAGACGACGUUGCCGAUGACGCCCAGCGAGGCCGCGUAUCGGUCAUCGAGGCGUAUCCAGUCACAGAAAUCACUACUACCGGCGUCGUGCUGCGAAAUUUCGACGCCAUUUUCAGGUUCGAAAAGCCCAAGCCCAUGGUGGAGAAAAAGCCAUUUGAAAAGGUGAUCUCGAAUACGAAUACAAGUACAACCUCGACUUCAGCUUCGGCUUCUUCAAUAGCAAGCACACCGGUAUCGGUCGCCGCUACCCCUUUUACGUAUGCUACUAUCACGCAAAAGGUCAGCCCGCCACCGCAGCUGGUCCUGCCUUUGGCACCGAAACCGACUACUACCAAAUCCACAAGCGCCCGAGUCACAGCAAAACCCGCCACUCCUGCUUGGAAUCCUGGCCCCCGAGGGGUAGACCCGCCUAUCCCUCUCAACCAGAACGUCCUCGAUGUCGUCAAGAAGCGAACUGGUCACGACAAAUUAUGCAACAACCACUACCUGCGAGGUCCCUGUGCCAAGGGCGACGCAUGCUGUUUUGAACACGUCUACCAGCCCAAUCCGGAUGAGAUAAAAGCUAUCCAGUUUCUGGCGCGCCUGAACCCUUGCACUAAUGGUCAGGAUUGCGACGUUGAUAACUGCAUAUAUGGCCAUCACUGCCCUAGCGUCAAGGACGGGGUUUGCACACAUCCCUUUUGCAAAUUUCAUGUACAUGAGCACCCACCGGGAACCAAGAUUAAGGCCAAGAAGGCACAUGACUGA